UUCGUUCUUUCAUUCCUUUUUUAAAAAUAAGACAGUUUAGCAAUUCAUGUCACAAUUCAGCACAUUUGACCCUUUGCCAGCUUGAUACACAAACAUAUCACUGUUAAGCCACAACCUGUCCCUUCUCAUUCAUCCCCAAUAGUUCACAUUAAAACCAUAAAUAAUGGCGCACGGCGGGCAAGCCCCAUGGAGGUGUACAAGCAGGUCCAGAAGGGCCCCCUGAAGUUGAAAGGCGUUGCAGAGCUCGGCGUGAUGAAGAAGAAGAAGGACAAAGACAAGGCCAAGCUGCUGGAGGCCAUGGGGACGAGUAAGAAGAUCGAGGAGAAGGAGGAGAAGAGGCACUGCCUGGACAAGCGCACGCCGGCACAGGUGGCCUUCGGGAAGAUGCAGGAGAAGCGGCAGAUGGAAAGAAUCCUGAAGAAGGCAUCCAAAACCCAUAAGCAGAGAGUGGAGGACUUCAACCGACACCUGGACACACUCACCGAGCACUAUGACAUUCCUAAAGUCAGCUGGACCAAGUGACCUCCCCCGUGUGAAAGACAGGCCAUGUCGGCUGUGUCGUGCCGCUUGGUGUUUUCUAGAAUGUUCUACAGCUGCCAGUGCAUCUGCUGAAACCAGGCUUUCUGAAACUUGACCAAAGUCAGGCUGUCUUUUAAAAAUAUAUAAAUAAAUAGUUUUAAAAGU